GGGAAAAACAUAGGAGAAACUACCCUGGGAACGGUUUAGAGAUGUUAGCAUGCCAUUAUUUCUAUCAGAUGGCGAGGAUCGUAUUUAUGCUUGGGAUUAUUUUAACAUUGAGCGUUAUAUGGCUGCUCCAAGCGUCUCUGGAAAAAUCCCAUGAUAUCAAAUCAUUCUACUCUCACAGCCCAUCUGUGGUUACGGUAAAGAUAAUCAAUUCACAAAUACAAAAUCCGAACAGUGAUGGGAAAAGCAGAGAAGUAGAUGACAUAUGCCCAGUAUUUCAGCUGAUGCCAAAUAACAGCACCUCUCCUGAGGUGUCCUGCAAGAGAGCUGAUUUUCAUCCAGGUUCCUGUAGAUUAAUGAAAACUAUUUUUAGAGAAGAACCCACAAACUGCACCCAUCAACCCACUUAUAUUGUUUGCAAGCUUUUGAACCCAAAGAACCCGUAUGUUGUUUGCCAUCCCGAUAUCUGCAGUAACCUCUCCUAUGUAUCUAUCGGAUUAUACAGUCCUAAGAUGGGUAAAUAUGUAUGGCACAAUCUAAAAUCAACUAAAGAACUAGAAAUAUUCAUCAAUUCUAAGUUGCUUGUAGACUACCAAUUACAGUUUCCAAAUAAUGGAUUUUGUGUAAUUCAGUGUACUGACACAGCCGGAGGGUAUGUUUCACAACUCCUCAUCUUACCACCUGUUCUACAUACAAGAUGCAAGCUGAAAGAUAUACCUAGUGCUAGGUCAUUAUUGAAUAUUAACAUUUUAUUAAUAGAUUCCGUUUCCAGGCAUCAUUUUUAUAGGUCUUUGCCAAGGACCAUCGAAGAAUUCCGACACCUGAAUGAAGAAUAUUUUACAAGUGGUCACGUAUUUGAUUAUGAGCUCCUUCAAGGUAUUAAGAGCCGAACAUUUGAAUCACUUCAAGCACUUUUUGGAGGUGACAAAAAUUUGUUCCCCUUGAUUGAUGCUUUAGAACAAAUUCCUCAUAUUGUGGAUAUCAAUGAAACCCUUGGUAAAUUUAGAGCCUUUGGAUACGAGACCCUGUAUGUUGAAGACUUGUGUUGGCUUUAUGAAUGGGGUCUUGUUAAAGAACAAGGGGCUAUAAAUCUAUCUGCCCCCUUUCAGGAACGAGUAAAGCUAUUUAAUGAAGCCAUUCAUAGGGCUGGAAUAGACCGCAUAGAUGUUACCUACAGCAACUGUUUAAUUCUUAAGGCGAACAGAGUGAAGAAUCAGUUUCAUGGUCCAGCUUCUAUCUGCUACAAUGGAAUCCACCAGCACACCUAUCUUCUUCAGUACAUGGAGUAUUUUUUAAGUCGCUUCUCAAGUCUACGAAGGCCAACAUUCACUUUCAUGAUACUAGACACAGGACAUGAGGACACCGGCAUUAGAAUAAAACAAAUGGAUAAAGAUCUAGCUGGACAUGUCUCCUUUUUGGCACAUCAGGAAAACACAAUAUCCUUCAUUCUUUCUGAUCAUGGUAAUACAUAUGGACAAUUUCUUUCAGCAUCUCCAGAAUUUCAUGUGGAAAUUUUCCACCCUUCUUUGUUUGUGAUUGUACCUGAUAGUGCAUCCAGAAUCUUAGGGGAUGCAAAAAUGAAAGCACUGCUAGUAAAUCAAAAGAGACUUGUCAGCUUUCUUGAUGUAUAUUAUACUUUGUUGGGCCUUCUUUCGUCAUCGAAACAGACAUAUUCAGAGAUCCCAAGAUUCCCUGUAAACCGUGACGGCCUAUUGAGUCCUGUUUCUGUAACUCGAACAUGUAAAGACAUACCAAGACUACACCCAAAUCUGUGUAUUUGUCAAGAUUCCUAUAAGAUGGAGAAGAACUCUUCCUAUUAUGCAUUAUUUGCAGAAUUUGCUUUGAGUUACAUGAAUCUGAGGAUUAUUGUGCAGAGGAGUAAUAGCAGCAAAUCAUGCCAUAGACUCGUUGCCACCAGUUUUACUGAUGUGAAAAUCAGCACAGAGGAUGGGGGAGGAGACACUACUAUUUUGAUGGACCUUCACAUCAUGUCACCAUACAGAACAAAACGUGGAGAAGAGAGGUUCACAGUAACCAUGCUGUUUGGUUCGACAUCCCAGAGAGAGGGAAUACUGUUCCUUGGCUAUAGCAGGUUCACCCCCUUCAGCUCAUAUAAGCAUUGUGCAGACCCCGCUAUUGACCUUCAGUUAUGCAUAUGUGAAAGACAUUCUGCAUAUGGAAACAGAACUAUAGAAAAUCAUACUGAUUCUGAAACUGUGACAUGGACUAAGACGUAUAGGACCAUAGUUCAAAAGCCAUGUCUUUUCCUGAAAACAAGAAACUAUACUGAAGGUGUUGUGCUCUUUAUUUCCAAUGCUUGCUCACAUAGAAAGUACAGCAUCAUAUUUAACUUUAUAAGUAAAAAUCUGUAUUCUUCUAACAAGAUGCCUGUUAGACAAAUUGUGGAAGCUAAAAUGGAAAGAUUAUUGGUGGUGGGCAUCAGGAGAAAAGAUAAUCUGCCUUGGAAGUACAAAUACACACUUACAUUCAAAGCAAUUAGAAAAAUGUAGCAAAAGCAUUAAAUACCUAUAAUAAAAGCAACGUGACCUUUUAAAACAACAGUACAGGUAAAACGAAUGCACUGUGUUAUGCCUAGGAUCAAGGAUCAUGACACAGAAAUUAUAUCUUCAGUGUUUUUGAACCCUUGUCAUGCCCUUCUCCCCCAAGGGUCUUGCACUAGGCAUAGCAGUGACAGUGUUAAAGGGGUUGGCCCAUCUCACACAUUUGUGGCAUAUCACUAGGUUAUGCCACCAAUGUCAGAUAGCUGCAGGUACCUCCUCUCAGACCCACACCUAUAUCUAGAAGAAGGCUCUCAAAGCAAAGGAGAAUGCACCGCGCAUAUACAGCGUACUCACCAUUCAUUUCUGUGGGAGUUCUGAAAAGGGCCGAGCAAGCGUGCUUACUAUUUCCAGAACUCCCACAGAAGUGAAUGAAGAGCACACCACUCAAGAGCGGCUGCCUCUCCUUCACAUCUAUGGGAGUUCUGAAAAUAGCCAAGCCAAUGCUUGCCUAUUUUCAGCACUCCCAUAGAAGUGAAUGGAGGGUGGCCAUACUUGCACUGUGCA